CGCGUAUUCCUUCAAAUUGUAUGAUGCCUUUUCCAAGGUGCAUGGUGGUAUACAGCAGGCAGGCAAAAGGCAGUCGCGUUGAUCAGUGUGUCUAAAGCGGUCGCAAUGUGGCAUAAUGCGGUUCGACGAGUAAAUAUUUAACAAGUUACUUUUCGGAUCGGUUUUAAACUGCAUUUGUUACGAAACUGAACAAAUAAAGUGACUCACGUAUUAAUUGAACAAUCAAGUGCUUACUUUUUAUGUUUUAUUAGGAGACGCAUCUUUGAAAAUUGGAAUUUGAGGGAGGAAUCGUUUUAGAGUCAAAAUGAAGUUUUUGCUGUUAGUUAUCGUUGGCUUGCAGCUUUUAUCUAACAGGCUGAUUUCUGCUGAAGAAGAGUUUGAUCAAUUGGCUUCUGAAUUACAACUGACGGAUAUGGAUUUGGUGGAUUUUUGUGAAGAGUUAUCAAAUUAUUCGAAAAUGUCUUUUCUUAAUACAAGUACUCUCCCAGACAAGAUCAAAGCCCAGAACGUUUAUGGAUCGUAUUUAAAAUCGCAGGCUGAAAGAAUGCGAAAAUUUAACGACGUUUCGUCAGAUUUUUUUCGAAAUUGGACGAUAAUUUCAAAGCCAGGCGAUGUGGAAAUGAGUGCGGCAGAUUAUGGAGAGUUAGUUGUCUUCUCAAACACGUUGGAAAGUAUAAUAUUGCAUGAUAAUAUUUCGUCGACGAACAAGGAUCAAACAGCUGGUAAGUGUUCAUUAAUUUUAAAUUACUUAAAUUAGUA